AUGAGCCGCAAAGAAGCCACAGACAGAACUGAGGCUUUGCUACAGCGGCAUAGUCUACUUGCUGGCCACAGAGAUAAAAGAAAAUUAAUAAUUGAACAACAAAUUAACGCGAUGUUUGUUGCUAGCAGUGGGGUCAAGGAAGAAAGUGCUAAGGUGGUGAAACAGAGGACAGAGAACACUUAA